AUGGCGGCGGUAGCAGCGACGGCGCUUGUUCCUCCUGCAGACUCAUAUGCCUCUGAUCCUAGGAAUGAGAAUGCUCCUAGGAAACCAGUACUCUCUGGCCUUGUUUUGGGUCUGGAGGGCUAUGACACACCCUUAGCACUGGGCACAGAUAGAGAUCAGGAUGUACUGACCUAUGAUGAUGUGCAUGUGAACUUCACUCAGGAAGAGUGGGCAUUGCUGAAUCCUUCUCAGAAGAGUCUCUACCAUGGUGUAAUGCUGGAGACCUAUAGGAAUCUCAGCACUAUAGGCUACAUUUGGGAAGACAAUACUACUGAAGAAUAUUGUAAAAGUUCUAGAGGACAUGGAAGGUAA